GUUGGUUGCAUCCUACAAGAUUCUAGAACUCAGCAACGAUGCCAUCAACAGGGUAUACGAAAAGAAGCAGAUUUCCGUCGCAUUUGUUGAGCAAAUACUGCAUGAAAUCGAAGCCUGGAGUCAUUCACUUCCCAAGUCUCUACGCAAAACAUCGCCAGUGUCUCGCCUCAACGAACAACCAAACUCCAAAGGGUACUAUAGGCAGUAUACAUAUUUCCUGCCUCUACCACUUCGCCAUCACACUCGUCACUCGCCCAAUCCUCAUCUCAACCUUCGCGGAUUGCUCAGUGCAACACAGUCCGCUACACUCCCAACUGGCUUCUGCCUGCCUCAACGCCUCCGUCUACUUCGUGCAAGCCUGCCAUGAAGCAUACAAAGCCCAUAUCCUCUUAGGAAACAUGUGCAUCAUGAAGGCGCUCCUAUUCGCCGUCGGACUGGUUCUCGGCUUCGACAUGUUCGCCAAGCGCGAAACGAACUGUAGCAUCGAAACAGCGUUCCGACAGGCAAGAGAAGUGUUGGAUUUUCUGGGAGUGUAGAGCGCGCAGGCUGCGCAUUAUAGUGAGAUUCUCACACUGCUUUCGAAGGCGGUUGACAGACAGAGGGAAAGACUUAUUAGUCAAGGGGGAGGUAAGUAUGUUUCGAGAAUUCUCCCUAUCGGUGGAGAAUUGAAUAUGGGGAUGCAGUCUCACGGUCUACAUGAUUUCGGAAAUCAAAAGAGUGCUACUAGUGUACCUGUGCAGUAUGUGCCUGUAGACCAAGAGAUCGAGGUGUACUGUGGAUGGGACUCGCUUGAUCUAUCGCAGUGGGACAAUUUGC